CACACCAUAUCCUCCACCCUACCGCCUUUAGAUGGCCUUACCCCCUUAUUUGGACCCGGUUGGUGGCACUCUCCAGCCGCUUGGCCGGAACACUGCGUUAUCAACCUUGAUAGAAUCAACGACCAACGUUGAACUGCCGUCAACAUGCCGAGUGUACAGCAAUGAAAACACGAUUAUAGGGACAUCUUUACAUUACAUUAUAUACACUAGCUGUGUCCAAGCAGUCCCAACACAAUUUUGAGCAGGC